AUGUCCAGUGUAUACGCUUGCAUGUUGUGCUUCUUCCUUGUAGUGCUAAAUCCGGCGAGCCUCGCCCUCGGCGCCGCCGGAAGCAGCGGUGCGGCCGGAUUCAGCCUGCCCCUGGUGCCCCACUACCGCACUGCAGCCGGCGUACUCGAGGAGCUCCUGCCGGAAGGUGAUGCCGAGGGCGGCGUGAACAUCACGUCCAUACGCCCCAAGAUGAUCCCAUAUUCGGGGCCCCUCUACAGCGUCCUUGUCGGCGUCGGCAGCGGCGCAACCCAGCACUUCUACAAGCUCGCGCUGGACCUCGCUCGCCCACUGACGUGGAUGCAGUGCCAGCCCUGCGUACCGGAGAAGAGGCAGGACGGCUCCGUCUUCAACACCGCCGUCUCCCCUCAUUACCACUACGUUGCGUCCACAGACCCACGCUGCACGGCUCCGUACGGGCGCGCCGGCCGCGGCCGGUGCAUCUUCGACGUCGAGUUCCAGUACGGUGGCUCCAGCGCGCAUGGCAUCCUUGGCCGCGACGACUUCGUCUUUGACGGAAGCGGCCCCGGUAGCCCCAUCAGUAGCGUCGACGGCCUUGUCUUCGGCUGCGCACACAGCACACACGGGUUGGACGUGGAUUUUUAG